AUUAAAAACACUGUGUCUAUGCUAAAAUGGAGAAAGCAAUGCUCGUGUUCGUCCCAGCCCCUGGCAUGGGCCACCUUGUGUCGGCGGUGGAAGUAGCAAAGCUUCUUCUUACUCGUCAUCACGGGCUCUCCAUCACUGUCCUCAUCCUCAAUCAUUCUUCUGUCGACUCCAAAGUUUACGACUGCGUUGAAUCUCAGAGAGCUUCCUCCUCCGCUAUAUCCCAUCGUCUCCAAUUCGUUGAUCUGCCUAGAGAUGAGACUGAAUUAGUUGAUUUCUCUUCUUUCGUUGAGAGACAAAAACCCCAUGCCAAAAAGGCUGUGUUGAAGAUGAUUCAAUCCGAGUCAAGUGUUAACUCGAAUCAGCUGGUGGGGUUUAUUGUUGAUAUCUUCUGCACGUCGAUGAUAGAUGUAGCCAAUGAAUUUGGUGUUUCGGCUUACGUUUUCUUUCCAUCAGGUGCGGCUUCUCUUGGUUUCACGCUUUAUGUGCAGAAGCUUCAUGAUGAAGAAAAUUUUGACCCGGCCGAGUUCAAAGACUCAGAUGCUGAUUUACAAGUACCAAGUUUAGUAAAUCCAUUUCCUUCUAGGGUUACGCCAACUUCGGUGUUGAGCAGAGAGUGGUUUCCUCCUUUACUGGACAACAUAAGAAGGUUUGGAGAAGCAAAGGGUAUUGUAGUAAAUACGUUCCUAGAGCUGGAAUCCUAUGCAAUUGAGUCAAUAAAAAUGCCUCCUGUUUACCCUGUGGGACCCAUUCUGGAUGUGGUGUCAGUUGGAAUAAACACAAACAAGGAAGAAAUCAUGCAAUGGCUUGAUGAUCAGCCUCCAUCAUCAGUAGUAUUCCUAUGCUUUGGAAGCCAAGGAAGUUUUGGUGAAGAUCAAGUGAAAGAGAUUGCCCAUGCACUAGAACAGAGUGGUCAUCGGUUUUUGUGGUCACUACGGCGACCACGAUCUCCAGGUCUCUUAUCAUGUCCUAGUGAUUAUGAGAAUCCACAAGAAGUCUUGCCUGAAGGAUUCUUGAAUCGAACGGCUGAGAAUGGAAAGGUAAUAGGGUGGGCUCCACAAGUGGCCGUGUUAGCCCAUCCAGCCAUUGGAGGAUUUGUUUCUCAUUGUGGAUGGAAUUCUAUAUUAGAGAGCAUAUGGUUUGGUGUCCCAGUUGCCACAUGGCCAAUGUAUGCAGAACAACACUUCAAUGCCUUUCAAAUGGUGAUUGAGUUGGGAUUAGCAGUUGAAAUUAAAAUGGAUUAUAGAAAUGACAGUGAAGAAAUUGUGAAAUGUGAUGAAAUAGAGAGAGGAAUCAGGUGUUUGAUGAAGCAUGAUAGCGAUAGAAGGAAGAAAGUGAAGGUGAUGAGUGAGAAGAGCAGAAAGGCUUUGAUGGAUGGUGGUUCUUCGUACUAUUGGUUAGAUCGUUUUAUAAAUGAUGUGAUGAAAUUGUAAUAAAAUUUCUAUUUUGAUUGUGCUGUUAAGCAGAAUAGAAAGAGUAGCAUUUGUAAGAGA